GGUAUAGUACUAUUGAGUCUGGGUUUGAUGUACUGUGUCACAUAAGACAAUGGAUUCCUGUAUUAAUGCGCCUUCUAAUUCAGGUAAUGUCUUCCUUGAUAAAUGACAAAGUGAAUGUAAAGUCUAAAACUGCAAUGCCAUUUCAACCACCAGAGUUUCUGCCAUGUCCAUAACAGACCCUGUGAAAGUGAUGCCCUUCUGAGAAGUUGUUGAACUUUGCCUUUUGUGAUCCAAGCUAGUAAAUACAAACCCCAUGUGAAUUAAAUUUGCUGCAAAUUUUAGAAGCUAUAAUUAUUUUUCCAUUUGAGGGCUUUUAUUCAAUGAGACAUGAUUCUUUUGCAUAAAUGGAGCAUCAUGCCAAGGAAGAGUUUUUCUAACCAAGUUUGAUAAUCCUUUGGAACCAUCAAUCUUCCCUUUCUCUUAGUCUCAGGCUUAGCAUUUCUGUCCUUUUCCACUUUAUAGUUCUUGUUGAUAGUUAUGAAGAGAUCUCCAGUACAUCCAAAAUAUGAGGCAAACCAUUAUGAUGACUAUGGAUUCAAUCUGCAAGAGGAUUUUUCCCUGUUCUUGGAGGAAGCAAAGCAACAUGGAAAGGAAGAAAAACUGAAGACUUCAUCAGUAUACCCUGAAGAAACUAGGAAAACAGAAUCAGAGAAAGGGAAAAAGGGAGGGAAGUCAUGGAAAAGUUCUCUGAUUUCAUGGUGGAAAUCUGACAAGAAAAGCAAGGUUAAAGAAGAAUCCACCAACAAUUCUAACUCAAAGGUUUAUGUGAAAAAGCAGUGUCAUGUUUCUGGUCCAAUAAACAGCUCCUACAAAGGCCCUCAUGGGAAGAAGCAAUGGCGUCCAUCUUCUGGGCCUCUUACAAAUCUGUUCAAACCCACAAAGAGAGAGGAGAAUGAGAUACCUUAUAUGUCUCUCCACCAACAAAACAACCCUCAGAACUAUGGCCCCCUUUAUGUUGUCACUUGACUGCAUUUCAUUAUCAUUCACAGUAUUGUAGUGACACAAGCUUCAGUGAGAAAGACUUACAUAUUUUCUGCUAGAAAAAAUGAGUGCCAACUGCCAAUGUAUUAGCUGUUAAGAGGAUUUUGCUGGCCAAUGUUAUAGAACAAUCCUUUUUGA